CUUUUAAGACGCGAGCUUGCCAGCUAGUUCAGCACAAUGAUACCCUCAUAGCACCCAGUGAACCCUCCACCAGCAUCACAAUGCCUCCCAAAACCCCUCCGAAAGCCAUCCUCUUCGACAUUGGCGGCGUCUGUGUCGUCAGCCCCUUCCAAGCCAUCCUCGACUACGAGCUGGAAAACGACAUUCCCGUUGGCUACAUCAACCACGCCAUCCAGCAGGGCCCACACGACACGGGCGCGUGGCAGCUCAUCGAGCGGGGCGAGGUCGAGCUCAACGACGCCUGGUUCCGCGCCUUCAAAGCGCAGCUCUCGCGCCCCGAGAUCUGGACCGCAUACUGGCGCAAACACUCCGUGACACAGAACGCCGGCGGCGUUCCCGCGGCGGCGGUAGAGCGCGUGCCGGCCGUCCCAGAUAUCGAUGCGAAGCGGCUGUUCUGGCGCAUGAUGCGCAUUAGUCGCACGCCGGACGCGUGGAUGUAUCCGGCGCUGAAGAGGCUGAGGCACAGCGGGCGCUUUGUCCUCGGCGCGCUGAGCAACACCGUGCAUUUCCCCACUGGCGUUCUCGACGACGAGGGCGUGCUGUUUGAGAAGGCGCUGCUGCAUCCGCCGCCGCCGCAUCCGCAUGCGGCCGAUUCGACGGAUAUUGCAGACUGCUUUGAUGUGUAUAUUUCGAGCGCGCAUGUCGGCGUUAGGAAACCAGAUCCUAAGGCGUAUGAGCUCGCGGUUAGGGAGCUGGGUAGGGUUGCGGAGCGGAAGGGGCUCGGGGAAGUGAGCGCGCGGGAUGUGCUGUUUUUGGAUGAUAUUGGGGUGAAUUUGAAGUGGGCGCAGAGGAGUGGGCUGAGGACUAUUAAGGUUAGUUUGGGGAGGACGAGGGAGGCGGUUAGGGAGUUGGAGGAAGAGACGGGGAUGCAGUUGUUGGAGGAGAAGAGUAGGCUGUGAGGAAGGGGGCAUGUCUAGGGGGGAGAAAUCUUGAAGGGAGUGGUAGCUAUGAGCCCCAAUCCUUUUUUUCAAAGCUGGUUA